AUGGAAAAUCAAGACUACUCCAAAAUAACUGGUAACGGGCCACAAAGAAAACGCAAAAAAGUCAACGUGGCCUGUGUCUACUGCAGGAGGUCGCACAUGAUUUGCGAUCAAGGCCGUCCCUGCCAGCGAUGUCUGAAACGGAACAUCGGCCACCUUUGCCAUGACGAGCCCACUAAUGGAGGCCGCAAAAGUAAAAGGUCGACAAGCGCCACAGUUGACCGGUCUUCUUCCUCUCCUGGGUACUCAAACUUGGAGGAAACCCGGGCAAACAGCUCUAGUGCAGAAAAAUUGAGCCCUCUUGGAAUAUACCGUCAUCAGCCCAUCAACCCCGACAUGGUGAACUUCGACGCGACGACACCUCAACAGGCCAACCCGCGCAGCUAUCUGUCAACCAAGCCAUCAGAAACUGCAAUAAAUCAACAGCCAUUUUUCUACUCCGAACACGCAGGUUCUGAGUUCAACUCUCUUACGGAGUUCCUCUCGAUGAUCGACGAUACAGAUAUGAUAAACUCCAUCAAUUUGGACAACGAUCCGCUGCUCAACAAACUCACAGGCCUGCCUGGAAACAGUUAUCCAUCCGCUAGCUUGAACCAGAUGCCACCUUUCGAGCCUGCUUUUGAAAACAGUCUUUUUGCUAAAACGUCUAGCUCCCCAACUGUGGAAAAACAGAACCCAGCAAUAUCUGCCCAGGUCGCUCUGCCCAACAGCUCCCCCUUUGUAUCUGAUUCUGCUAGGGACAAGUUUUUCCUUACCGCAGCCGACCCGACCACCGAAAUCUCGCCAGAAGAGCGACUCAAACAGGUGAUCAAUGCCAAACUCGAGGCCGGACUCCUAAAACCGUACAAUUAUGCAAAGGGAUACCAAAGACUGCAAAACUACAUGGACAACCACAUGGCCGCAUCAUCGAGACAGAGAAUUUUGAAACCAUUGUCAAUGUUUAGACCAGGUUUCCGGGCCAUUGCCAAGGCUUUGAAAGAUAUAGACCUGAUUAUGGUGGAAGAGAACUUUGAGAGAAUGCUUUUGGACUACGAUCGUGUUUUUACCUCGAUGGCCAUCCCUGCUUGUCUUUGGAGAAGAACGGGCGAAAUCUAUCGAGGAAACAAAGAGUUCGCGUCUUUGGUCGAAGUUUCCAUCGAUGACCUCAAAAAUGGCAAGCUCACCAUCUAUGAGCUGAUGACAGAGGAGAGCAGUGUCAACUUCUGGGAGAAAUAUGGAGCCAUUGCAUUUGACAACACCCAGAAAGCUGUCAUGACUAGCUGCAACCUGCGGAGCAAGGACGGGCGGAAAAAGAGGAACUGCUGCUUCAGUUUCACCAUUCGCCGAGACAAGUACAAUAUCCCCAGCUGUAUUGUGGGAAACUUCAUUCCUAUACAAUAAACAGUCAUCAUUCGCUUAAUAGUUCAUCGGCUGUCUUGGUCGAAAAUUUGGCCUGCAGAUUGUUCAAUUUUUGAGCAUCCUGGAAGUAUUUCUGGAUGAUCUUUGCAGUGGUGUCUCCGAAACUGAUAAACUCAAACUCGUCAUCCAACGCACUUAUCGUUUCAAGACAUUUAAGGAACUGAACCGGUUUUGAGGUCGCCUGGACAAUAUUUUUGACUUGUGUAUUCACCUCUGCUACCAUUUCACCAUUUAAGUUGGACACCAUCGGGACGCCCAAAGAAUGUGCCAUAUAAAGGGUUUUUCCAAACAAUUGUUCCAAGUCCCUCUCUAUGGGCUGCAGUACAGGGUUGUGGAAUGGAAUUCUGACUCCGAGAUCGAUGCUAUGGACUCGUGUUUUCCAGACUCCUGCUUUAGCAAUCCUUGCCUUGAGCUGGUCAAUCUUCUGACUCAACUCAUGGUUUUCCCCACUAACAACAAGCUGUUGAUAGUUGUUGUAGUUGCUGACUUGUACAUCCAUCUCUCCUAGAAUUUGUGUAAUGUAUUUAUAGUGAGUUGGUUGAAAUAACAGUGCUUGCAUUGAAUAGGCCUUCCCUGAUUUCUCCACUAACUUUUCCAUUAACACACCCCUUUUGUAUGCCAAUUCGAGUCCGGCCGCAAAGGGGAUUGAGUCUUGCGCAACCAAGGCACAUAUCUCACCCACAGAGUGACCCAGCAGGAAAUCGGUGUUGUUGAGAAUAUUAUCAUUUUUCACGGCUCUGAUAAGAUGGUAAGUGAUGUACGAUGUUAGUAUC